AUGGGCCGAGCAGAUGAAGGAUUACUGGAAGCAGGGUACUGGGAGCCGGCUAAGCCGACACCCAGCCCGUCCCUACUUACUUACGCUCAAGUUCUCUUUCAAUUUGUCCGCCCUUCAUUUUUGAGUAAAGCGGGGCCCCGAAGCACAAAACUCCGGCGUACUGCUUAUCUGGAUGGUCUGCGUGGCUUCGCAGCCCUGCUCGUCUACUUCGGCCACCAUGAGCUCUGGGCUCAUAAAGCCCAGCAUGCAGACCAGAUCCUGGAGAACGCGUUUGGGUACGAGACGCGGUAUUACAUGGUCACACUCCCUGGUGUCCGCACAUUCUUCUCUGGCGGUCAUCUGGCAGUGUCCUGCUUCUUCGUCAUUUCUGGCUACGUACUCUCGGCCAAACCUCUCGCACUGAUCCAGUCGGGAGACAGGGCCGCAUUCUCCGACAACAUCUCCUCUGCGCUCUUCCGACGAUGGCUAAGACUCUACCUGCCAGUUAUCUGCACCACGUUCCUCACAUUCUCUAUGUGGCACGCAUUUGGCGUGCUGGCGAACUUCCAACCCCAGCGCAACUUCCGGGACGAGCUUUGGAACUGGUAUAUUGAGUUCAAAAGCUUUAGCUUCAUAUUUCGACUCGGAGGCGAGCCGUGGCUCAGCUACAAUUUCCAUGUUUGGUCAAUUCCGGAGGAGUUUAAAGGCUCAGUCGUCAUCUAUACAGCACUUGUGUCGUUUUCUAAAUGCACGCGCACAGCACGUUUAUGGGGCGAGACCGCCUUGGUGUAUUAUUUCAUGUGGAUCGUCGACGGCGCGCAUAUGUCCAUGUUCAUGGUCGGCAUGCUACUUUGCGACCUUGAUCUGCUGGCGAUUGGGGACGAUUUACCAUUAUGGCUGAAGAGGCUGAAACCCUACAACGCCUACUUUUUCCCCUGCCUUUUCGCCCUUGGCAUUCUUUUAGGAGGUUGCCCAGCCUUUUCAUGGGAUAUUCAAGUCCUAAGGAGCUCGCCGGGCUGGCGACAUAUCUCGUUCUUGGUUCCACAGGCUGUUUUCGACUACAAGUGGUUCUUCCUCUUCUGGGCUGCAACCUUCGUUGUUGCCUCGGCGCCGCGCUUACCAUGCCUCAAGCGGUUCUUCGAGAGCCGAUUCUGCUUGUAUCUUGGCAGAAUCUCUUUUGCAUUCUACCUUGUUCACGGGCCUAUCCUUUGGACACUGGGCGACAGAUUGUAUGCUGCUACAGGUUGGACACAAGAAUCUCAUGCGCUUGGGAUUCCCGAUUGGGUGAACAAGUUUCCACUGCCGCGUUGGGGCCCAUUCGGGAUGGAGAUCAGCUUCCUGCUUCCGCAUUUGAUCCUGCUACCAGUCACGUUGUGGAUGGCAGAGAUCGCAACAACGCUGUUUGAUGAGCCCAGUAUCAAGUUCUCGUCUUGGAUAUAUAGAAAGGUCACGAAGUCGGAGCCAGGGAAACUCUAG